AUGAGAAGCAUCGACCUCGAGGAUUGGGAAGACGACGAGCCGCCGAUGCUGGGCGAGGCCGACAAGCUGGAGACAGACAACCAAGCAGCUGAUCCCUCAACGCAACCGCAGGAAUCUAGCGUCAUGGAUGAGAUGCUGGCCGUCGCUCAGCGCGCCAAAGAGGACAAGCGCAAGCAGCAAGAAAGCGAGCGCAACCGCAAAUCUUUCGGCCAGGGGCUGAAGAAGGGCUUCUUCAACACAAAACCCAAGCCCACCAAAGUGAAGACGGCACAGCGUACAUCAGUUCUGGAGCCAACUCGGCAGCAAGCGCGAGACGAGCGCCUGUUGAUCGUCAAAGAGAAGCAAGAAGAAGCUACGGCGACCAGCCCAAUGUUCGUGUUCCCAGAAGUGCAGGAGGCCAUGAAGAGCAUGAACCAGCUAGACCCUAAAGCAUUGCAAAACCCGGCCUUCACGACGGCGAUAGCCGAGAUGCAGCAGGACCCUCAAGCUGCUGUGCUGAAAUACCAAAAGGAUCCAGCAGUGUCGACGAUGUUGCGGGACUUCAUGGAGUUUCUUGGGAACCAUUUUGAAGAGCUGGGCGCUUCGGAGGAGGCUGCUUCACCGCAAAGUUCAGCAACACAACACCAGCCAGCAGUCGGGAGAGACCUCCGUGUGUAUAACAGCAACCAGACGCCUCCAGCAGCUUCAACGCCCCCGGCCAUCGUCGACCUGGACGAGACGCGACGCCAGGUCAUUGCCGGAAUGCAGCGCACUCCCGAGGAAGAGGAGCAAGUGCAGCGCAUCUUGGAGAACCCGGAGCUGCUGGCGGCCCUCUCGGACGGGACCUUGAUGCAGCGUCUGCACGCGUGCCAGCAGUCGCCCAGCGAGUUGCAGCGCCUUGCGCAGGACCCCGGGCUGGGCCCCAAGCUGCGGCUGCUGGUGCAGCACAACAUGGUGCAGUUUGCCUCGUAGCUCAGCUGUUCCACUUCAAGUAAUACUUCAACUGCUUUGCAGCUGAGCGCGAUCCUGGGAGUAGAUAGCCAUCUAAACCGCAACAAAUUCAAAUUCAAAUACUUC